AUGGCAGACGAGCUUUCUCUGGAUUUAAAAGACAAGUUGGAUUUAAUGUCCUUGCAUUUCUGGGCGGAAUGUUGCGCUUUAAUCUGUACCGCUUGCAAACCGGAUGACAUGACAUACACAAGGUCAAUGCUUGCUCGAAACACUGUCGUUGAACAUCUUCAGAGCUUUCAUAAUUUUACAUCAGAUCUCCAAAUGAAAGCUCUUGAGAAAUGUCUCGACAUGCUCCCUUAUCUUGCACUACAUGAGGGAGGAUUUAUCGAGCCAAGGCCUGACAUGCCACCACGACCGUUUUUACCGCCGCCUAGGAGAGGAUGGUCAUGUGCAAUGUGCAACUUUUGCACGGAUGACUUCCGGGAAAACAAAUGGCAUUUUGGAAAUCGGCAUGCAUCGACGUUCAAGUGGAACGAAUUUACAUCACAACAAGUCACAGUUCAACAUGUCGAUGGUAUUUAUUUUCCAGUACUCGUGGAAGACCCAAUUCCAACCCUUCGAAAGGUACAACCUAGCCUUGUAAGCGGCCUCCCUCGGAUGCUUCAUUAUUGGAGCGAUUGCCAUGCCAUUGUUUGUGUAGGUUGCGAUGACGCCCCAAUCCUGUCUCGGAAUGAUAUCCUUUCUCACAUCCAAUGCAACCAUUCGGCUGAUGAGCAAUGUCAAGAUCUCAACCUGCUAGAAGAUAAGCUCCAAAAGUUCACGCAACUAGCAAAAGAUCCAAGUGAAAUAAGACUUCCCCGACCGUACCUUGGAGACAAUCCUUUCCUCCCGGCUGCGUUCAAAGGUUGGACGUGCUCCCACCCGUCGUGUGGAUUUGCCAGUGACACUCUGCAUGUUGUUGAAACACACAAGUCGAUAGAUCACCCCGAAUUUGUUGAAUCAUCUAGUCAAGGAAAGCAGGUCAUGCUUCAAUACGUUACAUUAUCAGGCCAGCGGAUUUGGUUUCCAGUUGAUCAUCUUGAACCAGAAAACGAGUUUCCAACCGUUUUUCGGUUACCUGAACAUCCAAUUGAUGAGGAUAACUCUGAGAUACAAAUUCCAAUUCGAGCGGCCGAUGAGAGACCUUCGUCUGCCACAUUAUCUUCUGCAAGUGGAGGAUGGUCUCGGCCUGUAGCCAGAAACGCACCUAUCACCCGAGGGAGUCCAUUCAAAGACACUUAUACAGAUGAUGACCGAAAGGAGAUUAUGGCCAGCCUUUGGGACCAUCCUUCUCCUUCUGAUCUCGAGGCUCUCGAUCGUAAGCAUCUGCUGCGAAAAAUACGCGAAUUGACACUCCGAGAUAACACCAGAGCGAUCAAGGAAGUCAGGAUGUUCCAUAAUGUCUACCUCCAAGCUAUAUUACAAACCCAGCAUGAAAUUAUCCAGUUCGAGGAGCGCAUGUCUCGAGAAAAAUUUGGUAAACAAGAAAGACUAAGUAAACUUCUCAUAGAAUAUGCGGAUCUUAUCAAGUCCUAUAGGGGCCUGGCAUCUCUAAAGCAAAUUCACAAGGACGAUAGAUCUUUUGCGAAAUUCUUUGCAACAGAACUGCACGAACCGAGAUACUGGUAUGCACCGGAUGCAAGUGAACUUAUAGAUAUUGGCGAGGAAUCGCCCAGAAUGGCGCAUGAUAUUGUACGAAAGAUUCUGCAGCAGAAACUCCCCGCCAUAUUUCUGGAUGCUGCGGGUAAGAGUUUGAGAGAAAUAGAUGAGUUCGAACCUAUGAUGGAGGAUAGAGGUGGGAAAUUUCGUGUGUCCUCAACUAUAACCACUCUUAUAUCUCUUGCAGGACGCCCAGAUCUAACAAUACAAAUAGGGGCCAUCUCUACGAUAGCCGAAAGAUAUCGCCGUCAUGGCCGCUACAUCUCCCCUUCAGUCGAUAACUUCGCCCGUGUCAUUUUCGCUGUUACCGGUGGUCUCUUCCUACUUGCUCCGAUGGUUGCUUUAUCAUAUAUUACGUCCAAGACAUACCUAAUCAUCACGACAGUACUGUUCGUUCUCGUAUUUGCAGCCUGUCUGGGACUCCUCUCAAAGGGAUCGAAUCAUGAACUGAUUGGUGCAACGGCGGCGUAUGCUGCUGUUUUGGUGGUAUUUGUUGGAAAUAGUAUUGGUCCGGGAUCGAAUGGCUAG